CUAUAGUCGUUCUAUACCCUCUUCUUCUUCCUACCCAAACCUUGUGCAAAAUCAAUAAUUUCAAAAUUACCAAUCUCCAAAAAGUGAUACACAAAAGAAGCAACACUUGCCAAAAUUUAACUAAAAAAAAAUAUUAAUUACUCGUAGUAGGAGAGAGAAAAUAGCAAGGAUCGCUGUCAAGUCCAAAAAGUAGUAAUAAGGGAGGCGUCUGCAGCUGCUCAGGCCUUCCCCCUCAUCUCUUUCUCUCUCCUGCCAAAUUUUACAGAGCCCAGAAAACGACCCCUCUUUCUCUCUCUUACAAAAAAAAAUCAUCAAAAAAAUACAAAUUUAUUGCAAAAAUAAUGAUAAUCCAUCAAAUAAAUACAAACCCAAGAAAAAAAAAGCUCAAAAUUUAUUGCUAAUUUUACUAGCUUCAGUACUCUAGAAUUGUAGGAGAGAGAAAAGCAGAGUGCAGUAGCAGAGUAGUAGCUGGUGUUUUGUGAUAAUAACCCAGAAGUUUUGCAGAAGACUUUCCUUUAUUACUCCCUUUUAUCACAUUUUCUCUUUCUAUCUCUAGAAUUCAAUGAAUUGGGAAGGAGGAAAUGCAAUGUACAUUGGGUUGAGUUUUUAUUCUCAAGGUUGAAAAGGGUGUUUUGAGGAGAGAGAAAAAAAUCCGAUUGAUUAAAUGGGGAGAGCAACUUCUUCGUGAUUCCUCUUUCUUAAGCUCUGUUUUCACUUUUACUCUCUCUUCAAUAGAAGAACCCAGAAAAGAAUUCGCUGCUUGAACUUCAUUUAAUUUAACCCAGACAAAAACUGUGUUUUAGAGCUCUAAAAAUGGAGGUGGGUUUUUAUUUUGGAGUACAACUGGUUGAUUGAACUUGAUAAAACCCAGAACUCUGUGGAUUUUUUGGUGGGUUUUCUCCAAAUUUGAAAAAAUGGAGGUGGGUUUUUUCUCUGGUUUCCAACAAUGGCGACAAUUUUUUGCUACUUGGGUUUUUCUUGGUUCUCUUCUUCUCUGUAGCUUGGGUUCUGUGGACUCUGACGAUGGAGCAACACUGUUGGAGAUUAAGAAGUCAAUUAGGGAUGUGGAUAAUGUCUUAUAUGACUGGUCAGAUUCACCAUCAGCAGAUUAUUGUGUAUGGAGAGGGGUCACCUGUGACAAUACCACCUUCAACAUCCUCUCCUUGAAUCUUUCAGGGCUAAAUCUUGAUGGAGAGAUUUCAUCAGCAAUUGGAGAUCUUAAAAGCUUGCAAACAAUUGAUCUUAGUCGAAACAGGUUUUCAGGACAAAUACCUGAUGAGAUCGGAGAUUGCUCUACACUGGAAACCUUGGACUUGUCUUUCAAUGAGCUGUAUGGAGAUAUACCAUUUUCUAUAUCCAAGUUGAAGCAAUUGGAGUAUCUGUUUUUGAAGAAUAAUCAACUGACAGGCCCAAUUCCUUCCACCCUCUCUCAGAUUCCAAACUUGAAAAUACUAGACCUAGCCCAGAACUCUUUGACGGGUGAAAUUCCUCGGCUUAUUUAUUGGAAUGAGGUUUUGCAAUUUCUUGGGCUUCGUGGCAACAAAUUGGGCGGUUCACUCUCACCUGAUAUGUGUCAGCUAACUGGGUUGUGGUACUUUGAUGUUAGAAACAACAGUUUGACUGGAAGUAUACCCCAGAGUAUAGGCAAUUGCACGGCCUUCCAAGUAUUGGACCUGUCAUACAACCAGCUUACUGGGGAAAUUCCAUUCAACAUAGGUUUUUUGCAAGUUGCAACCUUGUCAUUGCAAGGAAAUCAAUUUUCAGGGGAGAUUCCUUCUGUUAUUGGCUUGAUGCAGGCACUUGCAGUGUUAGAUUUGAGCUUCAAUCAGUUGACUGGGACAAUCCCUCCAAUAUUGGGGAAUUUAAGCUACACUGAGAAGCUAUAUUUGCAUGGUAACAAGUUAACUGGUACAGUUCCUCCUGAGCUCGGAAACAUGACAAAACUUCAUUACUUGGAACUGAAUGAUAACCAUCUUACUGGCCAUAUUCCACCAGAGUUAGGGAAGCUUACAGACUUGUUUGACCUGAAUAUCGCAAACAACAAUCUUGAAGGGCCCAUACCUGGAAAUCUUAGUUCAUGUGCUAAUCUCAAUAGUCUUAAUCUGCAUGGGAACAAGUUGAAUGGAACUAUUCCAGCUGCCUUCCAAAGACUGGAGAGUAUGACCUACCUAAAUCUGUCAUCCAACAAUUUAAGAGGUCCCAUACCACUUGAGAUAUCUCGAAUGGGAAAUCUUGAUACUCUGGACCUUUCUGACAACCAAAUCAGUGGAUCUAUUCCGUCACCUCUUGGAGACUUGGAACAUCUUCUUAAGCUAAACUUAAGCAGAAACCAUAUACAUGGACUUAUACCAGCUGAGUUUGGCAAUCUCAGGAGCAUUGUUGAUAUAGAUCUGUCUAGUAAUCAGCUUGAUGGUACAAUCCCACAAGAGUUGGGUCAACUGCAGAAUUUAUUCUCUCUGAGUUUGGAAUACAACAAUUUAUCUGGAGAUGUGAUGUCACUGAAGAAUUGUCUCAGUCUUGCCACUUUAAAUGUGUCCUACAAUGACUUGGUUGGUGAUAUACCUACAAGCAAUAAUUUUUCAAGAUUCGCACCUAACAGCUUCAUUGGAAAUCCUAACCUAUGCGGGUAUUGGCGUGGUUCAGGAUGUCAUGAUCCGCCUGCACCAAGCAAAGCAGUUUCUAUUCCGAAGGCCGCCAUUUUAGGGAUUGCUUUGGGUGGACUUGUGAUUCUAUUGAUGAUAUUAGCUGCAGCUUGCCGUCCCCAAAAGCCAGCUCCAUAUUUUGAUGGUUCUGUGGAAAAACCAGCUGUUGUCAAUUACUCUUCGCCAAAGCUUGUGAUACUUCAUAUGAACAUGGCACUACAUGUGUAUGAUGACAUCAUGAGGAUGACUGAGAAUCUGAGUGAGAAGUACAUAAUUGGUUAUGGAGCCUCGAGUACUGUGUACAAAUGUGUGCUGAAGAACUGCAAACCCGUGGCUAUUAAAAAGCUUUACUCACACUACCCUCAAUCUCUCAAAGAAUUUGAGACAGAGCUCGAGACAGUUGGGAGUAUCAAGCAUCGAAAUCUUGUUAGCCUCCAGGGUUACUCCCUUUCGCCAACCGGGAACCUACUUUUCUACGAUUACAUGGAUAAUGGGAGUCUUUGGGAUCUUCUUCAUGGGCAUGCAAAGAAGAAAAAGAUGGACUGGGAAACUCGUCUUAGAAUAGCAUUAGGAGCAGCACAGGGGCUUGCAUAUCUUCACCAUGAUUGUAGCCCUCGUAUAAUCCACAGGGAUGUGAAGUCAUCUAACAUCUUACUUGACAAGGACUUUGAACCACAUCUCACCGACUUUGGUAUUGCAAAGACUGUGUGUGUCUCAAAAUCACACACAUCAACCUAUGUUAUGGGCACAAUUGGUUACAUUGAUCCUGAGUAUGCUCGCACUUCUCGCCUCACUGAGAAGUCUGAUGUUUACAGCUAUGGGAUUGUUCUGCUUGAGUUGCUCACUGGAAGAAAAGCUGUUGACAAUGAAUCAAAUCUGCAUCAUCUGAUUUUAUCCAAGACGGCGAAUAAUGCAGUCAUGGAAACAGUCGAUCCCGAGAUCACAGCCACCUGCAAGGAUCUAGCAGUCAUUAAGAAGGUAUUCCAACUCGCGCUCCUCUGCACCAAGAAGCAGCCAGGUGACCGACCCACGAUGCAUGAAGUUACCCGUGUGCUCACUAGCUUUGUCCCUGAAUCGCCGGUUAAACAAAUAGCUCUAUCCCCACUACCACCACUACCGCCAUCUCAGAUGCCGCUAUACAUGAACGAGUAUGCAAAUCUCAAAGCUUCUCACAUGGUCAACUGCCCUACAAUGAGCACCUCGGACGCUCAGCUCUUCCUCAAGUUCGGCGAAGUCAUAUCCCAGAACAGUGAUUAAAUUAAAUCAUAUGUUAGUAUUAUUAUUAUUAUUGUUGUUGUUAAGAGUAGAUUAUAUAAACAAUGAAAUGUGUAUAUGGUUGGUACCAAUUAUUGCAAGUUAGAAGGAGAUAGUACCAAGUACUUGUAGUAGAGAAGAGAAGAAAUGAUAUCAGAUACAGUAAUAUGUUAAAUUUUCAAGGCUGUAAAAAAAGGAAAAAAGUUUUAGAGAUACCAUUUUACCAAGUGAUGGUAGUUUUUGUGGAGUAGUACUCUUGUUUGAAAAUUGAAUGAAUAUUUAUAUGUGGGGUCUUUCUAUUCUGCUA